CUCUCAAACGAAAACAAUACAGCAACGAAACGGCAACCACUAUCUAUCUAACGGUUGGUUUGUACCCCACAUUUUAUGAAUUCUGGAAGCGAUCGAAUGACAUCGACUCAUAUAUUAUACCCUCUAGUUUGCUUGAGAUCUCUCAUUCUUCUUCGAUCACACCCUGUCUAGGGUUUCCUAUUCCUCAUUACUAUACGAUUUAUGACGACGAUGAUCAUGAUGUUGAUCCCGACAUUAUUAUAGAUAUAGUAAUUCCAGAGAGAGAGAGAGAGAGAGACUCAACAGGCACUCUAUACAUCGACCUCCUCUUCCAAUCUCCAUUUCCAUUUUCUCUCUCUUCGAUUUCAAAGUCUCAUCGAAAUGGCGGUGCCUGGGCCUAUAACGCCUGGACUGGUGUCUUUUUUGCUUGGAUUUAUCCCCAUUUUUGUUGCAUGGAUAUAUUCUGAGUUGUUAGAAUACAAGAAGUCUUCAUCUCCAUCUAAAGUUCAUUCAGACAAUAAUCUGGUUGAAUUGGGAAAUGAGACGAUCAAGGAAGAUGAUAGGGCUGUCUUGCUGGAAGGAGGCCUCACAAAAUCAGCUUCUACGAAGUUUUAUACUUCCUCGAUUAAAGCAAAUUUAAUCAGGUUUCUAGCCAUGGAAGACUCUUUUUUGCUUGAAAAUCGAGCAACUUUGAGAGCAAUGUCUGAGUUUGGGGCAAUUCUGGUGUAUUUCUACAUAUGUGACCGUACAGAUUUAUUGGGAGAAUCUACCAAGAAUUACAAUCGGGACCUUUUCCUCUUUCUCUAUGCUCUUCUUGUCAUAGUCUCGGCAAUGACAUCUCUCAAGAAACAUAAUGACAAGUCAACUUUUUCUGGAAAAUCCUUACUAUACCUUAAUCGGCAUCAAACAGAAGAGUGGAAAGGAUGGAUGCAGGUCCUCUUUCUCAUGUAUCAUUACUUUGCUGCAACGGAAAUAUACAAUGCAAUACGUAUUUUUAUUGCUGCAUAUGUCUGGAUGACUGGAUUUGGAAACUUCUCCUAUUAUUAUAUACGGAAGGAUUUUAGCCUUGCAAGGUUUGCUCAGAUGAUGUGGCGGCUAAAUUUCUUUGUGGCAUUUUGUUGUAUUGUUCUUAACAAUGACUAUAUGCUGUAUUAUAUCUGUCCAAUGCACACCCUUUUCACUGUUAUGGUGUAUGGAGCCCUUGGUAUUUUCUACAAGUAUAAUGAGAUACAAUCCGUGAUGGCUGUGAAGAUCUUCUCAUGCUUUCUCGUGGUUAUUGUGAUUUGGGAAAUUCCUGGAGUUUUUGAUAUUUUAUGGAGCCCUUUAACAUUCCUGUUAGGAUACAAUGAUCCCGCAAAACCAGAUCUUCCCCGGUUGCAUGAAUGGCAUUUUAGAUCUGGGCUUGAUCGCUACAUAUGGAUCAUUGGAAUGAUAUACGCUUAUUUUCAUCCAAAUGUUGAGAAGUGGAUGGAGAAAUUAGAAGAAUCUGACGGCAAGUGGAGACGCACAAUCAAAACGUGCAUUUUAUCAGUUUCGUUAUUUGUUGGUUAUAUAUGGUAUGAAUAUAUUUACAAGCUGGACAAGGUUACAUACAACAAGUACCAUCCCUACACAUCAUGGAUUCCAAUAACUGUUUACAUUUGCUUGCGGAAUUUCACUCAGGAGCUUCGGAAUUUCUCAUUGACUCUCUUUGCGUGGCUCGGUAAGGUUACCUUGGAGACAUAUAUUUCCCAGUUCCACAUCUGGCUGAGAUCAAGUAUACCUAAUGGACAACCCAAGUUGCUUCUUUCUCUGAUCCCAGAUUAUCCUAUGCUCAACUUCGUGCUUACAACUGCCAUUUAUAUCUUGAUAUCUCAUCGGCUCUUUGAACUAACGAACACCCUCAAGUCAGUUUUUAUAACCACAAGAGACAACAAGCAGUUGCUUUAUAAUGUUCUUGCUGGGGCUGCGAUUUCUGUGUGUUUGUAUUCCAUCUCAUUCAUUCUUCUUCAGAUCUAUCUUUAACAGAGCCUGACAAAUUGGAGGUGCUAAACAAGGAAGAGAUUUUUGCUGCUGGAUGUUCACAAAAACUAGAUGGACUAAAAAAAAUAAUAGAAAUGCAAAGGUCAUAUUUGCGAAUCCAGCUUACAAUGCUAGUUUUUUCAACAUUUACAUGGGUAAACCACUCUCCAUUGCGUGUAAGAGCUGCAACAGAAUGUGGAGUUUGCCUCUCUAUGAGGUUGGCCAAAGGCGAGUGGUCACAGAAGAAGAGAUUUUUUAAAUUAAUUUUUAUUUUUUUUUUCUCUUGUAAAUUUGUCUCGUUAGUUAUCACAUAUCGUUUUCUUUUCUUUCAAUUUUUUGGUUCUUUCAUUUCAUUUUCUUUUCUUUUCUUUCCUUUACUUUUUUUUAUAUUUUUUAUCAUUGAUGAUAAAAUGUAGGCUUAUGUGAUGUAGAUUUGUUGUCUGGCAUUAAACAUUGAUGAUUACGAAAACAAAUGCAUUCUUUGUCGAGGAAAAACUCAUGAUAAUCUAGCUAGUGCAAUUUUGUUUUUU